CACACGCACACGCACCCGAAGGCAGAAGGGUCGGGGCCGCCCUGCCCGGUGCCUCGGCUCGUGCCUUUUCGUGUCCCCGAGCGCUGUGCAUUAUCUGCUGUGCAUCUGCCAAAUGGCAGAUCACUUCGGGCCCGAGGCGCGGGGGUGGAAAGGGACGGGAGAGAGUGGCAAGAGUACGUUUAUCAAGCAGAUGAGAAUCAUCCACGGGUCGGGAUACUCUGAUGAAGACAAAAGGGGCUUUACCAAGCUGGUGUAUCAGAACAUCUUCACGGCCAUGCAGGCCAUGAUCAGAGCCAUGGAUACACUCAAGAUCCCAUACAAGUAUGAGCACAAUAAGGCUCAUGCACAAUUAGUUCGAGAAGUUGAUGUGGAGAAGGUGUCUGCUUUUGAGAAUCCAUAUGUAGAUGCAAUAAAGAGUUUAUGGAAUGAUCCUGGAAUCCAGGAAUGCUAUGAUAGACGACGAGAAUAUCAGUUAUCUGACUCUACCAAAUACUAUCUUAAUGACUUGGAUCGCGUAGCCGACCCUGCCUACCUGCCUACGCAGCAAGAUGUGCUUAGAGUUCGAGUCCCUACUACAGGGAUCAUUGAAUACCCCUUUGACUUACAGAGUGUCAUUUUCAGAAUGGUGGAUGUAGGGGGCCAAAGGUCAGAGAGAAGAAAAUGGAUACACUGCUUUGAAAAUGUCACCUCUAUCAUGUUUCUAGUAGCGCUUAGUGAAUAUGAUCAAGUUCUUGUGGAAUCAGACAAUGAGAACCGGAUGGAGGAAAGCAAAGCACUGUUUAGAACAAUUAUCACAUAUCCCUGGUUCCAGAACUCCUCGGUUAUUCUGUUCUUAAACAAGAAAGACCUUCUAGAGGAGAAGAUUAUGUAUUCCCAUCUAGUUGACUACUUCCCAGAAUAUGAUGGACCCCAGAGAGAUGCCCAGGCAGCCCGAGAAUUCAUUUUGAAGAUGUUCGUGGACCUGAACCCAGAUAGUGACAAAAUUAUCUACUCCCACUUCACGUGCGCCACAGACACCGAGAAUAUCCGCUUUGUCUUUGCUGCUGUCAAGGACACCAUACUCCAGUUGAAUCUGAAGGAGUACAAUCUGGUCUAAUUGUGCCUCCUAGACACCCGCCCUUCCCUUCCCUGGUGGGCUAUUGAAGAUACACAAGAGGGACUGUAUUUCUGUGGAAAACAAUUUGCAUAAUACUAAUUUAUUGCCGUCCUGGACUCUGUGAGUGUGUCCACAGAGUUUGUAGUAAAUAUUAUGAUUUUAUUUAAACUAUUCAGAGGAAAAACAGAGGAUGCUGAAGUACAGUCCCAGCACAUUUCCUCUCUUUUUUUAGGCAAAACCUUGUGACUCAACGUAUUUUAAAUUUUCAGUCAUGCACUCACAAAGAUCAGUCUCUCUCUCUCUCUCUCUCUCUCUCUCUCUCUCUCCUAUUGAGCAAAACAAAGCUGAUUUUCCUUUUUCCUAAUCCAUACCUCCCUCCUGAUUUUUCCCAGGUUACAAUGGCCUUUGUCCUAGUUCCAUUCUUGGUCAAGUUUUUCUCUCGAAUGAUACAGUCAGGACACAUCAUUCGAUUUAAGCCAUCAUACAUCAGCUUAAUUUAACCGUUUGUAGUCUUUGCUGAAGGAUUAUGUGUAUUAAUCCUGUGGUUUAACUGUAUUGCUCUGGAUCCACACAUAGAGUUUCUUUUUUAAUAGAUAUAUUGUCUUGUAUCACUUUGGACUGGGACAGUGGAUGCUCAUCUGACGAUUAAGUGUCAUUUCUUUUAGAUGUUUACCUUCAGCCAUAGCUUGAUUGCUUGGAGAAAUGUGCACAAGUCAGCAAGACAGAGGCACAGACACACAGGAGUCUUUUCUUUUGAAAUGCCAUGUGCCAUUGUCUUUCCUCCCUUCUUUGCUUUUCUCCCCCCCCUUUAUCAUCCUCUCUUUGAAUUGCAGAUGCCAAAAAAAAAAAAAAACAAUGCCAACAGACACUACAUUAUCCCAAUGGCUGCUACCCAGAACCUUUUCAUAGGUUGUUCUUAAUUUUUUUUUUUUUUUUUAGGUUCAAAUUUUUCUUCCUUUUUUUUUUUCCCUUAGUGUUUGGGCCACACUUUUAAAAUGACUUUUGUUAUGGGUAUGUGUUGCCAAAGCUGGCUUUUUGUAAAAAUAAAAUGACUAAGAACUUAAAAAACAAAAGCCAGUAUCUUAAAAUGUAAGAGAGUAAGACUGUGAAGCCUAAAAUGACUGGCUGAGAAUGAACUAGAAAUGCCAAUUGCCAAACAAUUGGUAACUGUAAAUUUGAUUUCACAGUCCAUUCUUUUCUUUGCCCUUACGAUCACAUUGUUUAGUGUUCUUGUUCCAUGUGGGGUGUCCAAAUCGGCAAUGUAGAAAAGUAACCUGUGUGAUUUAACAUGAAAUCUGCUGAUGUCUUUAUUUGAAGCCAGUCUUAGUCUCUCUUUAUGUUCUUUAAGUAAGGCUGCCAGGAACAUUGGUUGAGAAUAUUAUUCUGACCCUUUAAUUUGCAAAAUCUGAAGUGACUGCUAGUUUACCACCUUCAGGAUCUUAUUGAACUGGUGACUGGUCAGGUUGAACUUGUGGACUUAACUCGAAAGUCACCUCUCAGUGUUCUGUCGAACAUGUAUUUAUGUAACUGAACCUACUAGGAGAAAUGUUUGGAAUUCUAUAUGUGCAAUUUUUCAACAAAUGCAAAAAACAUACCACACAUAUUGAUGAGCUUCUGUCAAGCAGCUUGAGUUGAAAUGUGAUUUAAGAAAAUAAAUGAUGAUUGUUUAAAGCUGCUGGGAAGUUAGAAUUAGGCCAUGAUGCUGGUCUCGUUUGGACUACAGUGGUAUUUGGCACUAGUCUCAACUUCUAUAGAAAUGAUUCUUUUGGAACAACAAAGGGGAGGGAGAAAAUUAACGGCUUAUUAGAUGAGCACCAAAGUUACUAAACUGUAAAGAAACGUUCUUAUUCUUGACUCUCCCAGCCUCAAACAACACAGGUUACUUUUUUGUUCCUUGCUCAGAAAGCACCUGUAAUUUAAUUAACAGACUGCCUAUAGGUGUAGUGCAAUUCCAAAUGCUCUAAUCAUUGUACAUACAUCUCUCUUGAUAUUGCAGCAUCCAUUCUGGCUUUGUAAUCAUUAAUUUUUUGGCAGAUUGAAUGUGCUGUAUUGAUAUGUAUCUAUGUAAUUGUAUUGUAUGUCUUAUAGCUAAUUCACAUUUUGAAUAAUGUUAUUUUAUUUACUUUUUUAAGAGAGGAGAAUGUAAAUUUGUCAGUUUAUUUCUGACUAGGGAUAUUUUUUUUUCCAUUUAGAAAAGAAGAGAAAAAAAAAAACCUUACUAUCAUACAGAGCGGUACUAGCAUCGUGCUGUAUAAAAUCAUUUGCACAUUCCUGAGUAGAGGUAUACUGAUUAUAAGACCCAAAGGUAAUUUCAUAGUAAAAUACAUAAAAUCAGUCGGAGCUUUUAUACAAACAUGGAGACCAACUUUGUAGAACUUUUGCCAUUUGAUCUCGGAUUGGAAUAUGAGCUUUUAUACAAUUCAUAUUCUUAUUUUGGCAAAUGCACAGUUUAGUAUUACCUCUCUGAUGGCCUUUACUAGAAAGGCAGUUUUAGAAGCUAUUGUGAUCCACUAAGGAAAUGUUUUAACAGCUAGAGACCACUGCUUGCCUGAAAGGGCGAUCUUAAAUUGGUGCAGCAAAAAAAUAAAAUAAAUAAAAAAAUAACAACAUUUGAAGGCCUACAGUGUGUAUAGAGAAAACCUCAUCACAAGAUCAUAAGUGUUACAGUUUUAGGGAAUCAAGACAUUCUAUUUAAUAGAGCUAUAGUAGAUGUAGUCAAUUAAACCUGAUCUCAAAGCUCGAAGAAGCCGAGCAAAACAGGGAAAGAUUGUUCUAUUUGUCUUUAUGAAAUUGGGAUGGAAUUUGCUAUGCAGAAUUGAGGUUCGUGGCUUCACUGUUCAUCCUAGGGUGCAUGACAAGAUCCCUUCUCUUGAGAAAGGAAAAAAUUGAUCACCCUAGCAGCAGUGAUGCAUAGAAACUAAUUGUAUCCACACUAGUCAAUCAAAGCUAAAGGAUUUUCUUUUUUGUUUCUUUGUUUGGGGUUUUAUUGAAGGGACUAGGGGCGGGAAGGGUUUCUUUUCAGUUUUGUAUAAAAACAAAGUUUACUCAUGCUUUAUAUUAUAUUGUGAUUGCAAGCAUUAUAAGCGUGUACCACUGGACUCCUAUUGUUGAUGCUUAGGUAAUGGAGGCCUGUGGCGAGUUUUAUGGUGACUUGGGCAUGUCUUAUUCAAAAACAAAAACACAAGAGACCUUUCUUCAGCAUACCAAGGCAAGCAGCCAUUUCAUGACUCACUUAACACAUUGCAGUGUACCAGUUUACAGAUGAUUUUUCCCUUUUUGCGUGACACGGCAGUUCCAACCCCCAGAGAAGUCCUUAUUUGUAAAUUGGAGGUUUCUACUAUGCCUUACAGAGCUUAAAUUCAGAAGUUUGUGCCUCAUCUGAAACAAAGGGAAAUAACACCCCCAUUCAAAAGUAAAUAAAUCCCCUAGAAGUUUUUGUUUUGGAUUUGUUUUUUGUUUUGUUUUUUAACAUUUCCAUAUAAAGAGCUCUGUUGAAUGUCAUGAAUAGACUGGAAAAAAAAUCUUAGGAACCUGCAUAUGUUGUUUACUAGCAGUUGACAUCUACUAAAGGAAUUUGAAGAACUCCUGAACCUUGUUUUGUUUUUUUGUUUUUGUUUUUUUGGGGGGAGGGGGUUGAUAGAUUAACUAGCAGGCCUAUCUUAAAAAGGUAAUUUAGUAAAGGGCAAUUUACUUUUUUGUACUUCAGACUAUCUUGAUUGUCAAAGUGUACGAACUGUAAUUUUAAAAUUUAUACUGCCACAUGAUUGUAAAUUUUAGUUGUCUUAAGUUAGGAAUUGGUGAAAAGCUAUUUGUGCUGGAUUUGGGUCAAAAUGACUUUAUUAUUUGCAAAAAAAAUAAAAAUGGGAAGAAAGGGCUGCAUAAAGAGAUAUACUGCAAGACUCAGAUGUUGGUUGGAAAUGACUGACCCUCAAAUUACCUUCCGAUACCUUCGAUUUCCCUUUGUUUUCAGUUUCUCAAAAAGAACGAAUGAAAUGAAAUAUAGCAGAAUAUUAACCCAUAUAAAAAUAAAGUGUACCCAAAUAUUGUAAUGUAUAUUGCUGCUCUUCUUAAAAUUAAAUAAGGGUUGAAAACCACUUAAUUGGUCAUUGACAACAUCUCAAUUGAUACAAAUAAGGUGUGCUUGGUAUACAUUAACAUUUUCUUCCAAAACUAUAUCUUUGGUUAGAGACACACAAAAAAUUAAAAGUAGUAAUAUUGUACGUUUAAGCAUAUGUAGCAUUAACAGAUCUGUCCUGGUAACUGUGUCUUUGGGAUUUCAUUUUGGUUCCAUCAAAUUAGGAAAAGAAAUGACUUAGUUGUAUAUGAUUAGCUAGAGAUUUUUGGAGCCAGACACCUGCUGUUUAGUAGAUAACUUAGAACAGAGUCUAAACUUGUUAUUUGUUUUUCUCACAGAAUAACAAACCAUUUCCUGCUGUCUUCCCAACUACCACGCUCUUUCAAUAAUACUCUCGCCUCUAGAUUCAUAUGUUCAAAGUAUGCAUACACACCUAGCACAUAGUAGGUGCUGAAAUAUUAAUUUCUUCCUUACCUUCCCUAUCUACCAUGUGUCCUCCAUUUCCCCAUAUGAUUCCAGUUCAAUAGUAAAUGACCAUUUACAUGUUAUGAAAACAUCUAUUGGGUAAAAUUGGAUCUCACUUGGAUAAAGGAAUUCUGACUUUUAUAUAAGGUUUUGGUAGACAGAAAAAAAUAAUGGGGAGGAAGGUAUUCUCCAGUAGAAUAUUUUUAAGUUUAGGGAAGAAAGAUGGAAAAUUACUGUGUAACUUUGUUCAGGUUACUUUGACUGAAACACAUGUUUUUGGUGGAUUUCUUUUCCUCAAAGAACUCUCUAAAUGCAGCUUCGUGCUGGAUUCCUCACCCAUCAUCAUGUUGGAAACCCUUACUAAAACUGUGUAUUUAGGGAGUUUUGUCAGAAAACAUUUUUAACUUGCAGUAUUUAAAAGAAUCAUAUUUACUGUUCUUAAAAUGUCAUUCAAAUGCAUGUAUUGUCUAUUGUUUGGGGAUGGGAACUAGUUUUGCAAAAAACACCUAAUGUUGUAUAAUAAUGCCCCAAUGAUCUUGCUGGUUAAAAAUACAGUAUUUUUGGCCAUAA